AUUGUGCCUUGUUGGGGCCAUUGCUUCCCCAACACUGCAAUAGUUUUGCACGUAACAUUUUCCAUGAUGAUAUUAUAUUAUAAUAUAUCUAUUCGGUAGAUUAACCAAAAUCCAUGGGGAUAGUACAUUAGCCCUAUAAAUAGCAAGGCGCUAGAGCUCUUUUGAGUAUCACUAGCACCAGCGGAGUAGUUAAUAUAUAUAAUUAUCUCACAACCAAGUGGAGAAAGCAAAAAGCAAUGUCUACUCAAGUUUCAGCAGUCCCUAGUUUUGGUAUUAAACGUCCCUCUUCUGAUUAUCAUCCAACAAUAUGGGGGGAUCAUUUCCUCUCAUAUGUUUCCGACUCUAAGACGAUUGAUAGUUCAAGUGAAGAACGAUUUGAAGCAUUAAAACAAGAAGUGAGAAGAAUGCUCAUUGAGAGUGGCACCGAUCAGCCUGACCAAAAACUGAGUUUGAUUGAUGGAGUGCAACGCUUAGGCGUUGGUUACCAUUUCAAUAGUGAGAUAGAAGAUGCAUUGAAAAAACUAUAUCAUGACAGCAAUUACAAUCAGAACGACCUCUACACUGUUGCUCUUCGAUUUCGAUUACUCAGACAAAAUGGAUUCAAAGCUUCCUCUGAUAAAUUUGAAAAAUUCAAAGAUAGUGAAGGGAAGUUCAAGGAGUCUUUGAUUGAAGAUGUGGAUGGUAUGCUAAGUUUAUAUGAGGCUGCACAUCUGGGCAUACGAGGAGAGGAUAUAUUGGAUGAAGCCAUCGUUUUCACCACCACAAACUUCGAGUUAAUAUUACCUAAACUAAGCCCUGACCUCGCAGAACAAGUGAGCCAUGCCCUGAACCGGCCCAUCCGCAAAUGCCUGCCCAGGUUAGAGGCAAGGCACUAUAUCGAUGCCUACACAAGGGAUAAAUCACGCAACACAACAUUAUUACAGUUUGCCAAGUUAGAUUUCAACAGGUUACAGGAACUGCAUCAGAAGGAACUAAAUGGCAUCACAGAGUGGUGGAAAAGUUUGGACGUAGAAAGAAAUAUGCCUUACGCAAGAGACAGAGUCGUGGAAUGCUAUUUUUGGAUGAUGGGCUUAUACUAUGAACCUGAAUAUUCCAUUGGAAGAAGUAUAAUGACAAAAGUCAUAGCCACUACAUCCUUGUUAGAUGACACUUACGAUAACUAUGCUACAUGUGAGGAACUGGAGCUUUUAACAGAAGCAAUCGAAAGGUGGGACAUUAAGGCCAAAGAUUCACUUCCAGAUUACAUGAAAAUCACCUAUUGUGCACUAAUAGAUGUGUACAUUGAAAUUGAAGAGCAUCUCGCUAAAGAAGGAAAGUCAUAUUGCCUGGAUUAUUUGAAAGAGGCUAUGAAGAGAGUAAUGCGAAAUUACUUGGCCGAAGCCAAGUGGCGCGACGAAGGCUACAUCCCAACUAUGGAGGAAUAUAUGAAAGUUUCACUUGUAACUAGUUGUUAUCCGAUGCUUGCAACAACUUCCUUCUUUGGCAUGGGGGCUAUAGCAACAAAGGAUGCCUUUGAGUGGGUGUCCAGUGACCCUAAGAUUCUUAGAGCUUCAUCAAUCGUCUGCAGACUCAUGGACGACAUUGUAUCCCACGAGUUUGAGCAAAAGAGAGAGCAUGUAGCUUCUGGAGUUGAAUGCUACAUGAAGGAACAUGGUGUUUCAGAGGAAGAGGUAUUGAAAUUGUUCCGAAAGCAGAUUGCAAAUGCCUGGAAAGAUAUAAACGAAGAGUGCCUCAAGCCAACUCCAGCUCCAAUGCCUCUGCUAGAGCGUGUUCUGAAUCUUGCACGCUGCAUUGAUAUUAUAUACAAGGAUGACGAUGGAUACACAAAUUCUCACAUUUUGAAAGACCACGUUGCCUCAUUGCUCAAGGACCCUGUUCUCGUUUGACAUUGUGUGUGUGUAAUUCCCUGCUUAAUUGCUUGAGCUUUUCAACAAUAGGGUUACACUGCUUAAAACACUGUAUGAUCUAUGUUGUGUUUCCUUAUGUGUCUCAAAUAAAAUGAUUUAGAUGUAAGCACCUCCGAUGUGACUUGAAUUAUAAAUAUGUUUUCAUGAAUUUAAAUUAUAUUUUGAUUUGAAAA